GCAGUAGGAGCAUCAGCAGUAGGAGCAGCAUCCUCAGCAUCAGCACCAGCAUCAGCAGCAGCAGCCGCGAGCACGCGGCGGCGCGCACGCCGCCCCCAGUGUGUGUGUGCUCGCCGUCCCAGCGCAGACAGAGGUUGUAAACAUGGCGGCGGACGGGAUGGUGCUCACCAACCACGACCAUCAGACCCGCGUGGGGAUCCUGACGGUCAGUGACAGCUGUUUCAAGAACCUGGCAGAGGACCGGAGUGGAGUGAACCUGAAAGACCUGGUCCACGAUCCAUCUCUACUCGGGGGAGCCAUCUCAGCCUACAAAAUAGUUCCAGAUGAGAUCGACGAAAUCAAGGAAACUCUUCUGGAGUGGUGCGAUGUGCAGGAGCUGAAUCUCAUCCUCACUACUGGAGGAACUGGCUUUGCACCCCGAGAUGUGACACCUGAGGCCACCAGGGAGGUGAUCGAGCGGGAGGCUCCAGGAAUGGCUCUGGCCAUGCUGAUGGGAUCUCUCAACGUUACCCCUCUGGGGAUGCUGUCCAGGCCAGUGUGUGGUAUCCGGGGUAAAACUCUGAUCAUCAACCUUCCAGGAAGCAAGAAAGGCUCCCAGGAGUGUUUUCAGUUCAUCCUGCCCGCCCUGCCUCACGCCAUCGACCUGCUGCGCGAGGCCAUGGUCAGUGUGAAGUCCACGCACGCCGCGCUGGAGCAGCUGCCCUCGCCGUCCUCCCUGCUGGCCAACACGCACAGCAACAACCACGCCGACACCCACACCAUGGAGCGCGGCACCCAGUGCGAGGAAGAGGAGGACGAGGAGGAGGAGGACAGGAGCAGGGGGCGGCACGUGCACAACCACCACCACCACCAGCACGGCUCCUCCCACAUCACCGCAGCGGCUAUCGCUGCCAAGAUGAGCCAUGUUGCAGUCAUGGCUAAGGGAGCUCCCUACCUGCCUGGCAACACGCCCGCCCCUCCCGCUCAUUUCACCUGCUCCUGUACCCAUGACCAGUCGAUCCCGGACUCGAUCAUUUCUCGAGGCGUUCAGGUGCUUCCACGAGAUUCGGCGUCUUUAAGCUCCACCCCCUCCGAGUCACCGCGGGCAACACAGGCGACUUCCCGCCUUUCCACCGCCUCAUGCCCGACACCCAAGGUUCAGUCUCGAUGUGGCAGCAACGAAAACAUCCUGAGAGCCAGCCACAGCGCGGUCGACAUCAGUAAAGUGGCUCGCCGUCAUCGCAUGUCGCCGUUCCCGCUCACGUCUAUGGACAAAGCUUUCAUCACCGUCCUAGAGAUGACACCCAUCCUGGGAAUUGAAGUCAUCAACUACAGAGAUGGUUUGGGUCGGGUGCUCGCUCAGGACAUUUAUGCCAAAGACAACCUCCCUCCGUUCCCCGCCUCGGUUAAAGACGGAUACGCUGUGCGAGCUGCCGACGGCCCUGGAGAUCGCUUCAUCAUGGGGGAGUCGCAGGCUGGACAGCAGCCCACCCACACAGUGAUGCCGGGUCAGGUGAUGAGGGUGACCACUGGAGCUCCGAUCCCCUGUGGAGCUGACGCCGUGGUCCAAGUGGAAGAUACAGAGCUGCUGAGAGAGUCUGAAGACGGCACAGAGGAGCUGGAGGUCAGGAUCAUGGUCCAGGUCCGCCCCGGACAGGACAUCCGGCCAAUCGGCCACGACAUCAGGCGGGGGGAGUGUGUGUUGUCUAAAGGGACACACAUGGGCCCGUCGGAGAUCGGCCUGCUGGCCACCGUGGGAGUGACGGAGGUCAGCGUGCACAAAUUCCCUGUGGUGGCCGUCAUGUCUACAGGAAAUGAGCUGCUGAAUCCAGAGGAUGAUCUCCACCCUGGAAAGAUCAGAGAUUCAAACCGCUCCACUCUUCUUGCCACCAUCCAGGAGCACGGAUACCCCACCAUCAACCUCGGCAUUGUGGGAGACAACCCGGACGACCUGCUUUCAGCGCUGCACGAGGGCAUCAGUCGUGCUGAUGUCAUCAUCACCUCAGGGGGCGUGUCCAUGGGAGAGAAGGACUACCUCAUUGACCUUCACGCUCAGAUCCAUUUUGGACGAGUCUUUAUGAAACCAGGUCUUCCUACUACCUUCGCCACAGCGGACAUGGAUGGAACACGGAAACUCAUCUUUGCUCUGCCAGGUAACCCGGUGUCUGCAGUGGUGACAUGUAACCUGUUUGUGAUUCCUGCUCUGAGGAAGAUGCAAGGCAUCCUGGACCCCAGACCCACCAUUAUUAAAGCUCGGCUUUCCUGUGACGUGAAGCUGGAUCCCAGACCAGAGUACCACCGCUGCAUUCUGACCUGGCAUCACCAGGAACCGCUGCCGUGGGCACAAAGCACAGGUAACCAGGUGUCCAGCCGGCUCAUGUCCAUGCGCAGCGCCAACGGCCUGCUGAUGUUGCCUCCGAAGACGGAGCAGUACGUGGAGCUGCACAAGGGGGAGGUGGUGGACGUCAUGGUGAUCGGACGGCUAUGAUGCAGACUUAAAUGUCAAUGGCUACCAGUGACCACGGAAGCGCCGGGACUUCUGGUCUGGACAGGAAACGGGUGGGGGCAGGAAGUGAUGCAUGUCUAUCUGGUUGCCAUUAGCUGUGAUGUCAUAUGCAACAGCCAAUUGGAGCCAGCGCAGACUGAAUCCUCCCAGGUCUGCUCUGAGGAGAUCACUGUACUUCAACGGAGAAAAAAAUAUAUGAAAUAUGAGAAUUAUUCUGUAAAAUUAUUAUUAUUAUUAUUAUCCUGAUGAUAAUGAUUAUUAAUAUUCUUAAUUAAUAUUCUAUUUAUUAUUAUUAUUAUUAUCAUUAUUAUUAUUAUCAUGGUUCUGAUUGAAUAUUUUCAUCUUAGUAGUACUCAUUCUCUCUUCUCUCCUGUUCAUUUACUUUGUGCAAUUUUCCCCGGUAGGUAUAAAGAAAUAGAGACUUGCCCCUCCUUCCUUCCUCCAGCCUCCUCAUCUUUUCUCCUCCUCUGUCAUCCUUCUUUUUUUAACUUCUAAAUGCACUACUGCUCCAUUGUGGCAUCUUCUGUCAGAAUAGAAACUCUUGUUAAAAAAAAAAAAAGAAAAGAAAAGAACUGCUGUAUUACUUUGCCUCCUCAUGGAGCAAAGCAGUAAAUAUUAUUUUUUGCCAAGAAAGAAAAAAAAAAUACAAGGAUCAUUUGUAUAUUUUUAUUAUUAAUAUUAGUAUUAUUAUAAGGAUUUCCUCUCCAGAUCUAAACCAUACAGAGACACUACACCUCUCAGUGAAAGCCAUGAAAUUCUUCCAGGUGGGACAACAUGAAGCAGGACUGGCAUCCUCCCGACACGCUGGAGAGAUGUUUCUGGUCUGGAACACUAGAGGCGGCACGUAGCGAGUGCUGUGAUCUGUAGUCAUAUCAGAGGUGGAACACACUGACAUCAGUUCAGCUCUGCGUUCAAGUGGUGUUCGAUGUACCAGACAGGCGCGUCUCAGAAGAAACUGCACGACAACGUUACGGUUGCAACCAAGAACCUUCAUGUCGAGCUCCGUCUCUCUGUCUGGCAGCUGACAAAACUCUUCCUCUAUUAACAUGGCCUGGAUUCUUCUUUUUUUUAAUUUUUAUUUAUUGCAAAAUGUAAGAAUAAUCAGAUUUUUUUUUUUUUUUUU